GGGUCCAGUUAAGGCUCUCGUGCGGCCUGAGGCCUCUGUGGUACGACGUAGAUCACAGGUAACUGUUCACAGGUAAACAACACGCAGCGAAGCUGGAUUUUAGGAAAACAGUCAGGAAAAGGAGGAGUAGAAGAAUGGCGGCGUUCAAGGAAAGGCCUCAGAAUGGUAGCUUUGCUACUUGCACGUGUCCUCCACAAACCUACACCUACAGCCUGACCCACCGCUCUUCCUCCCAAAGUGGGAGUGCCGCCAUUAACCCCCUUCAGAUCUUUGUCGCGGGCUUUGGUUACAAGACUUGCGAGCGUGAUCUGCAAGACUACUUUUCUCCGUUCGGUACUGUGAGAGAGGUGAAGAUUGUAGUGGACUCCUGGGGAUACUCUAAAGGUUAUGGCUUUAUUACGUUUGCAACUGAAGAGGCGGUGCUAAAGGUCCUUGUUCAUGCCGAUAGACUCUACUACAGAGACAGGAAGCUCAGCAUUCGUCAGGCCAUCUACAGGCAAGCGCUGCCGUACAAUAACCGGGUCCGAGAGGCCUACUAUAACACCUCUGUGGACCCAUCCACGUCCCAUGAGCCUAUGAGCAAGGCCACAAGCACCAGGUUUUUCUACACUUACUAUAACGGGGAGGCUUACUUCUUCAGCCCCAGCACAAACCCACCUGCUCACCACUGGCUUAAUCCUCCUCCAGAACCAUCCCUUCAGUCCCAUGGUGUUGACAACCAGCAGUCUGCGUAUUACUACAACCAGCCUCCAGUUUCCUCCAGUCCAUUCACGUUUUCCCAGCAGUCAGAAUACGUCAACCAGUCUGCUGAUGGAGGUUCUAUCAAUCCUCUACCCUUCACAGACGUACCAGCCGAGAACGUACUGUUUCCACACUCGUGGGCGUACCUGAACCCAAAGUAUCGCAGAGACGUCUACCAGUACCCGUGAUGAGCAGCUGGAUGCCUGUGAACAUCCUGCGUGUGCUACACCCAGUUAAACUUUCCUGCCCCACAACCUCUGCCACUGCAUGUUUCAUGAUGGCUCUCAUUAGACAGGCAGCACUUGAUGUUUCUGUAUCUAUGGUUUGAUACAGUUACAGACAUUAGCCUUGCAUCCCAUUAUUGCUAUUUACAGUAGUUGUUGCCUUUGGGUUUGUCAGUGAACAAACUGGGUGAUGAUACUUUUGUGUUUUAGUUAAUGAUUGCAGGUUAAUGUUUUAUAAAUCAGUUGGCGAGGCUCUAGCACUUUACCAAAGCCUUAUUAAUUCAGAUUUUCCUUUUUUUUUUUUUUUUUUUUGGGAGGUAAAUGUUUUUAUUCAGAUUUUAAUGAUCUUAUUGCUGCUGGAGAGGGGAAUUUAGUGGCUUUUCUUUGUGCACUUACAUAGAUCAUACAAAAAAUGUUAACUAUAUGUUUUGAAUGAUUUAAUUUAAGCCAUGUCCAGUAGUCCUAUUUUACGGAAGAUUCAAUUGAUCAAAUUUGCAUAGGAAUCAGAUUUGAAAUCUAUUGGUUCCAACAUAAGCAUUUGCUGUUUGCGGCUCAGUCAGUCCUAACAGUAUUUGCGUUAUUAGAGGAUGCUUGACAUGGUAAAAAAUAAUGAGAGCUGUGGAAGUGACUAACUUGUUGGCACAAGUGGGCUCCAAUUUCCAUUUUUCCUCGCUUCUUGUAAAUUAGUUGGUCAGUUACAUUUUGUGAUGUUUUAGAUGAAAUGAGUAUUACUUGACAGAUCACUUAUUUAAAAAAAAAAAAGUACCUUUUAUGAUGAUUUCACUGUCAUCCCCUCAUCUGUAUAUUGGCACCUGUAUU